UGUGCCGAGCCGGGGAUGGCCAGCAGACGGGUCCCCAGCUGUCGUAGACCUUCCCUUCUCGCGAGGGGACACGAACCAGCCAACUGUUCAGUAGUGCCGAGGUCUGUGAAGGAGAUCCAGCAGGUGAGGCGGCGAGAGCACACUUUGUCCCGGUGGCCACGUCACCGCAGGGUCGCCGUCACCACAGGGUCGCCGGCGCCAGGCCCCGGGCAGGAGCGCAGCAGGUGUUCAUGGACUGAGUGCCGCCCAGGGUGCCCGGCCUCCUGUUUGCGGGCAGGAGGUCCCUUCACCGACGUCGUCACCACCAACCUGAAGCUUGGCAACCCCACAGACCGAAAUGUGUGCUUUAAGGUGAAGACCACAGCGCCACGCAGGUACUGUGUGAGGCCCAACAGCGGGAUCAUCGACGCGGGGGCCUCGAUUAAUGUAUCCGUGAUGUUACAGCCUUUCGAUUAUGAUCCCAAUGAGAAAAGUAAACACAAGUUUAUGGUUCAGUCUAUGUUUGCUCCGACUGACACUUCUGAUAUGGAAGCAGUCUGGAAGGAGGCAAAACCAGAAGACCUUAUGGAUUCAAAACUUAGAUGUGUGUUUGAAUUGCCAGCAGAGAAUGAGAAACCACAUGACAUAGAGAUAAAUAAAAUUUUACCCACAACCACAUCAAAGACAGAAACACCAACGGCGUCUAAAGCUCUGAGCUCCUCCUUGGAUGACACUGAAGUUAAGAAGGUCAUGGAAGAAUGUAAGAGGCUGCAAGGUGAAGUUCAGAGGCUACGGGAGGAGAACAAGCAGUUCAAGGAGGAGGACGGACUUCGGAUGCGGAAGGCGGCGCCGAGCCUCGGCCCCGCCCCCGGGCCAGCCGCGCCCGGCAGGGAGGAGGGCCUCAGCGCGCGGCUCCUGGCACUCGUGGUUUUGUUCUUCAUCGUGGGCGUGAUCAUCGGGAAGAUCGCCUUGUAGACGCGGCCGGCGGAGGUGGCACGCUGCAUCGAUGGGCCCGCCGUCCCGUGGGGUUUGAAUUUAUCAUAACCAUGUGUCAAAAGAAGUUAAUGUAUGAUGACAUCUCACAGGUCUUGCCUUUAAAUUACCCCUCCCCGCACGUGCACACGCGUGCACACACACACAUGCACACACAAAUUAUAACGUAACAAUCUUCUAGAAAGUUAAAAAUGUAUAGUAAAUGAUCGGGGAAAAAUAAUGAUCUUUAUUAAUGACAAGGGAAACCGUGAUUAAACCAUAAUGGCAUGUUGUCAGUGUCAUUUGAAGCAUCUGUAGCCUUGGUACAUGUGGCCGAAUUGAUUACCUCUCUUAGAACAAGACGCUCUUCCUGCCGGUCGGUGUGGCCCUGGGGGAGCUGGAGCCCCGGGGGUGGGAGGGGAGGGCCGUCCCCCCUCUUCAGAGCAGCACCCCACCCGCCCACCCGCCGACCCCCGCCCCGGCUGCCUGCCCUGGCCAUCAGGUCCUUGGGACUGAUGAACAGGGUCAGAAGCCGAAAGAAUUGUGCUGUGGUGGCGUCAGAUCUGCCUGUCGGGAGCGGGAGGCCCCUGGUGACCGACUGACCCAACACUUUGGAAAUUAAAGUCAAUGCUUUGUUCUCUUAAAGGGACCAAGCCAGACCACUGUCGGUUCAUGUAGUGAGAGUGGAUUGUUAUUCAGAGAUGUUUAAGGCAUAUUUAACUUAUUUAAUGUAUUUCAUCUCAUGUUUCCUUGUUGCCACGAGAUUAUAAUUAAUGCUGUGGCCCAGAAUCCCCUGUGCUCCCUGGUGCCAGUGGGCACAGCUGGCAGCGCUGCUCAAGGGCCCUGGGCCCCCGCACCGAUACGGGAGGGGGGUCCGUGGCGGGCUGGCUGCGGGGGGUCCUCUGUGCACAUACACGAGAGCCGUCGUCAUGGAGAGGGCAGCGCUCAGUGUCCGCGGUCCGCUCGGCCCCCUCCCCGACGGAGAAGAGUCGCUGGUCUGCUUCCUGUUCCUUCGCUGCCCCUCAGCCACCACUGUCCUGCAGGAAGUACGCCCCAGGUCUGGUCCCCGCCUCUCCCGCCUGGCCCUGGCCCGGGGUGGGGCGGCGGGGUGGGGGCGGGCAGAGGGGCGAUGGGCUCUUCGGAUCAUCAUCAAGUAGUGAUUGAGAGUUUGACUGUAAAUUAAUUUUAUGCCAUUAAAAGACCAAUCCAGUUCUGUUCAACUAUGUAGCAUCUUAAAAAGAAAAAAAAUUAAAAUAAAGCCCCAGAAUUAAGAGUU